CAAGAUUACACAUGAGUAUAUUUAGGCUUACAUAUUGAAAAAAUUUGAUGAUUUAAAGUGCUUAGAUGAACAGUUCUAAAAGUCAAAACUGGACGAAUACUCUAGGACGGAGGAAGUAUUUAAGAAAUAAAAUUGAAAAAAAUAAUUUAGGAAACUCCGCAAUGAAUCUGAAAGGCUGGAAGUACACAGUGCUUAGGUCUGAAUUAAAGAGAAAUUCCCAAAUCCAAACAGCACUGUCAAUAACAAAAUGCCGGUUUUCAAGACCCCCUUCAAUGGCUACUCCGUGAAAUUCAGCCCAUUUUACGAGAACCGGCUGGCCGUCGGAACGGCCCAGAACUUCGGGAUCUUGGGCAACGGCCGGGUCCACGUCAUCCAGCUGAAUCCGAGCGGACCCGUCUCCGAACUCGCCGCGUUCGACACCGCCGACGGCGUCUACGACGUGUGCUGGUCGGAGGCCCACGAUUCCCUGAUCGUCGCCGCCGUCGGCGACGGCUCUGUCAAGCUGUACGACCUCGCUCUGCUGCCGGCCAACAACCCAAUACGAUCGUUCCAGGAGCACACCCGGGAAGUCCACGCCGUUGACUACAACACCGUCCGGAAAGACUCGUUUUUGUCGUCUUCUUGGGACGACACGGUGAAGCUCUGGACCGUCGAUCGGAAUGCCAGCGUCAGGACAUUCAAGGAGCACGCUUACUGCGUGUACUCCGCCGCAUGGAACCCCAGACACGCCGACGUCUUUGCUUCUGCUUCCGGCGAUUGCACUGCCCGGAUUUGGGAUGUUCGAGAACCAGGUUCAACCAUGAUUCUACCUGCACACGAGCACGAAAUCCUCUCGUGCGACUGGAACAAGUACGACGAAUGUAUAAUCGCGACCGGGUCGGUCGACAAGUCGGUCAAAGUUUGGGACGUGAGGAACUACAGGGUGCCCAUAUCCGUCCUCAACGGGCACGGGUACGCGGUUAGGAAACUCCGUUUCUCCCCACACAGAGGGAGUGUCAUCUUGUCUUGCUCAUAUGACAUGACUGUGUGUAUGUGGGACUACAUGGUUGAAGAUGCUCUUAUUGGACGGUACGAUCAUCAUACCGAGUUUGUGGUUGGGGUAGAUAUGAGUGUGCUUGUGGAAGGGCUUCUGGCGAGCACGGGUUGGAAUGAGCUUGUUUAUGUUUGGCAGCACGGAAUGGACCCGAGAGCUUCUUGAGGAAGAAGAAGAAGAAGGGCAAGGGAAGUCUUUUUUUUCAUCUUUUUUUUUUGGUAUUUGUUGUUUGAGAAGAUACAUUUACAAAGGGAGUGAUGAUAGUGAGAAGAAAGAAUAAUGCAGUUGAUUUCAGCUUCCAAUCUUCUCCAUAUUGGGAUGAAAGUAAUGGAACUGCUAAUCUUUUUUCUUCAUAUUUCAUCCUAUAGGACUCAAUUGUAUAGGUCUUGCUGAGAAUAUUGUAAUUUUUCAGUGUGGUGUGGUCGGUGGUCCUAAUUAAUAAUCACUUCUCCAACCCAUAAAAGAGGCUUUUGUUC